AUGGAUUCGAAACCCAAGCGACGUAGCACAAUUUCCGUGCAAUCAACUGCCCCUUCUACCUUGCGACAGUCCUUCGAGCCCUCUUCCUCCGUGCCUGUCCCUGCUCGCCGUACAGCAUUCCUGAGACACUGCUCAAACAACAAAUCCGAUCCCCCAAUUCCUGCGGCGCUUGCUCGUGUCAAAGGCAUGUCCACUAUGAAUAGUCCGUCGCGAUUGGAUUCUGAAACGUCCUGGUUCAACGGCCAGUCUCCAUUGCCUGGAACGCCUCGUACCACACGAAGGAAACAUGGGUCCAGAUCAGGGACCCCGGAACCUGCUUCUACGCCUUUAGUGAACCCUUCGUCUACGCUUUUACAAGACCUUUUAAGGGAGCAACGUGCGACUCGAGUUUCGCAGGGUCCUCCUCCUACAGAUGACUGUGCAGAGUACAUGCCUCGUACCCCCGAACGCUUGCAAACCCAGUCUCAGACCCAGACUCAGUCCCAGUCCCAGGAAGAUGCAGGUUCUGAGAGACAACGCAAGAUUAAUAGCGCCUUAUCGGCGGGUCUCAAGCAGCCACGAGAGAUGGGUUUCAGGGAGAUGGACCAAUACAUUUCGAAAAUCAACAAACAAAAUUUUGACCUGAAACUUGACAUCUUCCAUCGCGCGCAACAGAUGGCCGUCUUGGAGAAAAGACUGGAACGUAUGCAGCAGCUGGAGGAAGACGUUCAGCGCAUGCGCGAUUUAGAAGAGGAGCUGCAAGAGCUUCGUGAUGUGGAAGAGGACAAUCAGAGACUUCGCGAGUCCAACGAGCAGCUCCGUCAAGAGAUCGAUAAGCGAGACCAGGCGGUCACAGAAGCCGUGGAAUUGAUCUGUCAACUUGAAGCGAGAUUGGAGGAGCUGGAGGCUGGUGCGCUUUCGUCCAGAGCCUCUACAGCUCGUCCUUCGUCCAGCAAUGGGCCAGACGCAGCCACACCUAAGAGUUGUGUCACUCCAGAUAUACCAGAGAGGUCUUCGUCUAAGAAGGGCACCUUGCUAGGGGACAAUAACCGAGCUUCUUCGGGAAGUCGUUCUCUCACAAGGGCCCCUUCAUUCCUCCGUGAAGAGCAGCCGAGCACCGCAGCUCUACGCAGUCUCUACGUUACCUCUGAACAUCCUUCGCGCUCUGUAAGAAGCGCUAUGACGAAGACAGAGAGUAUGAACUCAAUGACUGAAAUUACCGAACCAGAGUCACCCAGAUUGAGUGCUCUCAGUGAAUGUAGCGAGCUCAUGCCCUAUGACACUAUAAACGAGGCGCCUCUUUUCAACCAAGUCGACACUCCAGUCCACCGGGAAAAAUCAGUGGGGACAAAUGAGACUACCCCGAGGCCCAAAGGCGAAAUACAGGCAAGCGGUCACAUUCGCAGCUCUAGCUGGAACCAGCCUCAAGUGGAAUUAUUUCCGACAAGUACCAUCCCGAAAGAAAGGCACCAAGCUCACACCAAUGCUGCUUCAAGGGAAGCUGGCGACUACAUUAUCAAGAACGGCAUGUUCUCAAGCGCCCCCCGCCAGAAGCUGCGGUUGGAUGAUGUCUUUGGAGGGUCAAAAUUACCCCCUACUCCAGACACAAUGAGUACGGCCUGUGCGUCGGGGACAAAUAGAUCGAAUGGCAGUAGCGCCAGGGAGAAGGUUCAGCCUUACCAGCAGUGCUCUGCCCCCCGAAAACUUGGCCGGCCACGGUCUGCGGGCGAGCUGACAACGAAAAGCUCCGAUCAUAGAGACUUGGAAAGAAUCGACCCUGCUCGGAGUGAUGCGACUCUCCCUCGUCUUAGUACUGAAGAGCGCGAACCGACCCCGGCUAUCUUUCCCUUGAACGGCAUCCCAUCCGAGACGAACUACGUGUUUGAUCCAGCUUCUCCUAAGCGAAGUAUGCGUUAUUUCAGCGACGCUGAUGACGUGAUCUUCAACCCUGUGGGAAUUGAGAAAGUCAUAUCAAAGAUGGAGAAGAACUACUACUCUCCGCCAGCCCCCAUAACUCAAAAGCAAAUAGCAGACGUGCCAUCUCUAUCGUCCCCCUUGACUCCUCAAGACUGGGUCGAGGCGGCAAAGCCAGGUCCUCGGCCCACGAAGAAUAGGUCUUCAAACACAAAGACCUAUACCGGCCUUCCGCCGUCUAAAGCGACCGGGGCACGGGCUCCCAGUCAAUCCACCUUCCUAACACGUAGGCAUAGUGUGGACUCGACUCUCCGAGACCCCGGAGUCCCAGAAAAACCCACGAUUCCUUUGCCUCUGUCAGACACAAAUACACAACCUGUACAUCAAGAACGGGAACACCGACGACGGAUCAAUCUUCGGCCACCAUUCCUAGGCCGUCUGGCACAGCCUCGGCGUCUUGAGCCAUCCCCAAUAACUGAUUCAGAGGAUAGUGGAGAUGGUGCGCCCUCCCCUGUCAUUCGCAAAGCCAGGAUCAUGGAACCGCCAAAGACAGCCAAGACCGUUGAAACUAUGGAUGCUUCACAACGGGUUCACGGGGAGCUCUGCGGAUCGGCACCGACCUACGCUGCUGCGAAUACCGCAAACAGCCCCAGCAGGACUCUUCCCCAUUCUUUCACAGAAUCGAACUUCUGGUCACACUCAUCAACGACCAGACCAUCAACGUCCGCCAGCAAGGGGCAUAAGAGACGCAGCUCCCUUGGCAUCUUUGGCUUUGGUUGGAUGAAAACGUCGAGCGGAAGCGGUUCUCAUCAUAAGAAAGCUGGAGCCGACUCGACGGCAACUACGCAGACCACCAGCAAGGAACGGCCGAUACCUCGUUGGGGCCCUGACAGCUCCAAUACCUUACCCGAGGCAGCGAAGAGCGUCGGUGCAUAUGGAGCUUUUCAGGAUAUGUCAGCUUCCGUCAGACAUAUGGCUCAAAAGCAGGACGACGACGAUUCGACACGUCGGCCGCGAUAUAUUGAGCGAAGAACCCGUCGGCCUUGA